AUGUAUUUAAUCUGUAGUUGAUCCUCGAUCACGCACGAUGAUGUUGUUUACAAAAAGAAAAGAAACAAUUUGGUUGGAUCUAUUUGGGUUAGCAUUGUCAAAAUAACUUCUUGCAAAAAUUGAUAAUAUUUGGUGCAAUUUUAUUUUAUCAAAAGCAAAUUUAUAUAUGCGGUGGUAAAAUGUCAACUAUUAUAAAAUUCGAUAUCAAAGAAUUAAAAAAAUUAGCUAAUGAUAAGAAUUCGUGUAUUAUAGAAAAAAAAGUGACUCAAAACUUAGCACUACAACCCUGGUGCCUUGGAAACCUCAAGGAAUCUAUUAAAAAUUUGUUGGAUUACAAAAUCGGGAAGUUUGAUAAAGAAUUCAAUGGCAUUCUUUUAAGUUACAAAAAUCUCAAAGUUCUACAGAAUUUUGGAACCAUAAGAAAUGAUAAUGCAGAUAUUCAUUUUCAAGUGCAGGCAGACUACUUCAUAUUUCGACCUUUCGUUGGAGCUACACUAACUGGAAUCGUAAAUAAGAAAAGUACUACACAUUUAGGCAUUCUCAUACAUAGAGUGUUUAAUGUUGUGAUUCCGAGACCAACAGAAGAGCCUGGAAAUAUGUGGGUUGGCUCAAAUAUUCAAGAAGGACAAGAAGUGAAGUUCAGAAUAGUAGUCUUAGACCUCUAUGGAGCUCUACCAUAUAUUAGAGGAGAACUUGAUGAGAGAUGUGUUAAGCUGGGCCCUGAUGGAGAUGAUGAUGACGAAGUAGAAAAAAAGGCAGCCCAAACAAUCAAUGUAUCAUAUGUUGAUUUUGAUAAGACGAAACCAUACACUCAAAAACAAAUUGGAGAUGGCCUACCACAGUCUUCCUCAAAAAACAGCUCAAAAUAUGUUGAUUCCAGCAAAUAUCUGCUCAAAAUUAGUUCACCGUCAUCAGACAAUCACACACAGGCAAUAAAUGGAAAAUCCGGUGGCUCGAAAACAAAGAAUGUUGAUAGUGAAAUAAGUGUCUCUGAAAAAAUCAAAGUUAAGAGACAGAGUCGAUUAUUAGAUUCUGAGCAAAAACAAUCUGAAGCUAUCUCCAAACCAUCUAAAAAAUACAAACGUGAUGUACAAUAAUUCCUAGAGUUAAAAGUUAUAGAAUUUACUUUUUGUAAAAUUUCAGAGUAUUGAUUUUAAUAUACCUACAA